AUGGGUCAACCAGUAAGAGCCCUAAAAAAAACUUUGCGCAAAGAAAUGGGCAGCCUUCUCAACCAGAUUCCCCUCGAGAAAAUUGAAGAAGAAAGCGCUAUCGUAGUAGAAAAGGUAAUUUCUUCACAAGAAUAUCUGUCAAGCACACAUAUAAGUGUGUAUCUUAGUAUGCCAAAGGCCGAAAUUUCAACAAAAUCUAUAAUUCAUGAUAUAUUUAGUAAAGGGAAAAUAUGUUAUGUUCCGCGUUGGGAUGGAGAUAGUAUGGAAAUGGUCAAACUUGAGUCUCUAAAAGAUUAUACAUCACUUAAAAUUAAUAAGUGGAAUAUUCCAGAACCAGAUCAUGAUCAAAAUCGAGAUAUCGCAACUCAAUUGGAUUUGAUUAUAAUGCCUGGACUUGCAUUUGAUCUUAAUAGAAAUAGACUUGGUCACGGCAAAGGUUAUUAUGAUAAAUAUUUGACGAAAUGCCGACAAUGGAGUAAACCACCGCUAACCACAGAGCUGUCACUGGACUACACUGGACAUAUUCCAGUGCUGCGCCACUGGACUACUGGACAUAGUAAUCCAAUAUGGUCCAGUCCAGUGCCUUUAGCCACUGGACAUAUGGCACUUGCCUUAGAUAGUCAAAUAUUAAGAGAUAAAGAUAUCCCAGUGACUGAUUAUGAUCAAAAACCUGAUUUCAUUUUAUCACCGCUCCAAGACAUUAGCAUUUGA